CUGGGAACCUAUAUAUGACCUUUUGGUUAACAGCUUUACUGCUUCUUCCCUUCACAAGAUGGAGUAGAGAGUCUAGAGACUAUGUGAAGAAGGAGUCUCACAUCUCCUUGUUCGCUUCAGAUGACAGAACAAGAAUGCCGCGUAGUAGGAGAAUACAUUCCUCUAGUGAUGCUGCUAAACAUAAAACUCAUGCUGAGAAGCUGGUUGAAGAAAUUACUGGGAAGGCAUCGAAAGAAUCCGCGGUUCAGCCAACCUCAGAUAGUGAUUGCAGAUACAGUAAAGAAAGGAAAGAGAACCCAACUAAGGAGAUAGUUAGAGAAUCGAUACGGGUUAAUUUGGAUGAAAAGAAGAGAACGUUGGAUGCAGCAUUAGGUAAAUUGGGAUUUGUGGAAGUUCACCCUUUGCUUAAAAAGUGCAAGUCUGAGCAAUGUUUGUGGAAGUUCACCCUUUGCUUAAAAAGUGCAAGUCCGAGCAAUGUUUGAAACCAAAAUUUGGGCCUGCUGCUACCCCUCUGACUUAUGGGAGUAGAACUCCAGGAUAUUUCUGUAGUAAGGAAAGUACUUCUGAGAAGCAGGAACAUGGUGGAAGUUCUGGAAAGCGACGCCUUAGUAGAUGGGAUCCACAGUCUGAAGAAGAAGGGGAAGGAAAUGAAGGUGAUAGGGGUGGCAAAAGGAGGAAAACUAAGUGAACUGACAAUGGUUCCCUACUUAAAAACUCGGUCCAUUCAAAUUGCCAGACUUCGUUAGAGUACCUAUUUCCAUUGCUGAUCCUCAAAGGCAGGAGCUGAGUGAAAGACUUUCAGUUAUUGACAGUAAGCUGCGGGAAGAAGAUCUCCAUGAUGAUUGGCGGAAGAAUGGUCUCCUUUUCUCCCACCACUGGAUGAUAACUUAGGGUUGGGAAUGAACUCAAAGGAUGUCAUAUUACGUGAAAAACUUAUUCAAGAAAGACAAGUUAUAAUAUCAAGGUUGGUUCAGAAGAACCUCACCUUCAGAAGUCCCACUCCUGAACCGAAGCCCGUAUCCAGGGCAUAACUUUUAUGGUCUGGAAAUACACAAAAGAAAAUGGAGAUAGAAACUGGAGCCAAGAUCACGAUUAAAGAAACAGCUUCAGGAAAUGAUAGAGAGAAAAUGGCAUUCCUUCUGGCAAUGAAGAUUUUCAUGUCUUGGUCCAGGCAGAUAACCAGAAAUCAGUCGCUGAAGCUGAUUCAGAAGUCGAGAAGCUACUCAUUCACAUUGAUGAAGGACUGAAUGAUAACAAACAUGCACUGUUACAGGAACUUUCCAAAAUAUGCAGAGUUUGUGGUGAGGAGGGGCGCAAGAGUUAUGUUUGCCCUUGUCGGAGUUCGUCUUUUGAUAGCUCAUGCAGCAGAUGUAGUAGAAGCCAUGUCUCUUUCACUUGCCCUUUCAUGGCACCAGGUCUGAGUAACAGUGGUGGGAAGAAUUCGUCUGAUAGUUCACCAUCUUACUGGUCUUAUUCUCAGUCCAGCAUCAAGUCAACUCCACCAAGUGUUGAGAGUAAAAUUCAUAAAGAAGUUGAUGAGAGAAAUCUAUUUGCGGGUCAUCUUCCCUUAACUGUGGAUAAAAAUCGGUUGAUGAAGCUACUUUCUCCUUUGGCACUCUCGCUGAAGCUAAAGUGAUCAAGGACCGACUGUGCUGCAGGGGUGGAUGUAUGUACAGCCUUCCCCUGGCUGAAGCCAGAGGUGAAUGAAAGAAAAUGUUUUUGAAGAUAGUAAAUGAUAGCCAAAAUUCGUCAAGCACAGUUACGCCUACUGUCAAGCCAAUAUUGAGUAUGCGCUGUGCGUAAAAGAAGUUGUUCUUUGAUUCUUUCUCUGCUUCAACUUAUUCCACUGGGAGAAAGAAUAUGAAAACCUAGGUAAGAUUAUUCAAGGAAAAGUUGGGUUACUAAAUUUUAUUUUCUAUCAAACUACUGGCUUAUUUUCAUGAAAAAGGGAAUGGAUUUUUCUUAAUUUAGGUUACUGUUUCUAGGUUUGUAUUAUUGAAAAUGUUAAUGUUUUAGGCGUCAACUAUGAAUCUGUGAUUAUCAAGCAAGUUAGUUGAAUCUGUGAUUAUCAGGUUAGGUGAGUUAGUUGAUGCCUUGAUGGGGAUUGGCUAUUGGGAACUGAAUGGAGGUGAUAUUUUUAAGUUGAUUUGAGGAUCUCUCUGAGAUUUCUUGAGCAGUUUUAUCUUUUUGAACAUCCAUGUGUGCAUCUGGCUAGUAAGUUAAGUUUUUUCGAUUGCCAGCAGAUGUUGUUUUUGUCUACAAAGUAAAGAUAUUCUAAUACUUUUCUCAUAUGAAAAACUGUUUUUGUCUGAGAACUUGUUGAGCAUAUGCUGAGAAACGCAGCUAAACUGCACUUCAAUUAAUAUGGCAUCAUGUAGUUAGCAACCGAUGGUUAUGGAAUUUAAGUUGUUAGGUCAAAGAGUGUACAACCUAUCUAAUAUCCUGUAGG